AUGCCUCGUGAUGAUCCGAUUACUGAAGAAGAAAGAAGAGCAACGUCAGCGACCGAUUUAAUACGAAUGCGGUUGGAACGCCUUCAAAAAAAUAUUGACAAACCAGCUCCAAUUCCUGCUAAAAAAGAAUCUCUUCGGCCGCCUAAACCGCCGUUGGAGUUUGUUAGAAACGUUGUUGGAUCAUCUGCUGCAGCAGGAAGUGCGGAAUUUCAUAUUUACAGAAAUAAUCGGCGAAAAGAGCAGAAUCGUCUCGAUUAUAUUGAUGCGGUGGCGAAAAAUGAAGAAAUGGACGAAGCUCACCGAAAGCAUGUCGAAGAGAUUAAAAAGAAAGAAGAAGAACGAACUGCAAAACGACGGGCGAAACGUCUGAAAAAGAAGCAAGCAGCUCGAAAAGCGAAAAGACUGAAAAAAUCGCAGAAGAAAGGUUCAGAUUCAGAUGAGACCGAGUCGGAUUCUGAUGAGGAAAAUAGUGAUCAAGAUGAUACGGACUCGUCUGCGGAUGAGAAGGAAAAGGAACAGGUUGAAGGAGACUCGGACAAGUGCGAACAGAAAGAAGAGCAGGAUCAUGGAGAAAAAAGGGAAAAUAGUGCAGUUGAAGAAGUAUCAUAAAUGCCGUCGGUGUUGGCGUUUGUGAGUGCGCCGCGCCUCUACGCCCUUUUCAAGCAGCCGCAAAGAAAUGAGGCAACGUUGGAGAAACUGGGCGACACCGCCGUUUCAUUGACGCGAGGAAUUUUCUAUUUUACUACUUCCAUGGCAUUUGCGCCAUUCAUCGUUUUCUACAUGUACAGCCGCGGAAUGUUGAAUCCAGAGACCAUGUUCGUCAUUUUACGAUAUACCGGAUACUUGGUCAUUUUUGCAUUCGCAGCCAGAACAAUUGGGCGAAUGAUGGACGAUCAAUACAAAGAAUUUCUCGGCGUUUGGACAAAAGCUGCCGAAGGAAGCAAGGAUCACCAAAAUGAACUGAAAAAUUAUGACUUCGAACUGUAUGGAAUCAAACACGACUUUGUGGCAAAGGAAAACCCGAAACUUUGGUAUUUGGUUCCUGAUGAGUUGCAAGCGGGUCCUGUAACGAAAGCCUUGGCAUAUUACGCAAUGCAUGCUUUUGGUCGGCAUAUGAUGUACCCGGGAUCGAUGGCGCUUUUAAAUUGGAUGAUGAGGGAUAAUUUGAAUAAUGCGCGUAGAAUCAUGGUCAAUCGACGUGACGGUCAGAGAAUUUGGAUUGAAUCAUCUGUUGGAGAUACCAUUGACGCGAUGUUUAUUCUUGGCGAGAAUCCGGACUACAGAGACAUCCUGGUGAUCUCUUGCGAAGGAAACGCCGGAUUCUACGAGAUUGGUGUUUCUAACACCGCGUCGCGGGCUGGAUAUACGACACUUUCGUGGAAUCAACCUGGGUUUGGAGAAAGCUCCGGUCUACCGUAUCCGCGGAAUACAUUGGCUGCUGCGGAUGCAAUAAUGCAGUACGCCGUGAAUCAAUUACACUACAGGGUCGAGAAUAUUGUUCUUUUCGGAUGGUCGAUUGGUGGAUUCCCUACUGCAUGGCUAGCCGCUAAUUACCCCAAUGUUCGCGCAGUGUUCCUUGAUGCCACAUUUGACGAUAUGCUCUCGCUUGCUCAACAAAGAAUGCCCAAAUUUUUGUCUUUCAUUGUCGAGUAUGCCGUUCGGAAUCAUGCGAAUCUACAGAUUGAUAAGAUUCUCAACAAAUACAAAGGACCAUUGAGACUUGUGAGACGACUCCAGGAAGAGAUAUUGACGACUACCGAAGACGUGCCGAUCCAAGAAAAACGUGCUAGUAAUAGAAUCAAUUUCUUGCUGAAAUCAGUAAUUGCUGGCCGUCAUCCCGAACUCAUUGAUGGCAUGGAAGAACACGUUGAUAAAUGGCUUGAGAUGAGUCCAAGAGAACGUUUGCUGAACAGCGGAAUCUCGUUGCGAGAGGAAUCUUCGAAAAGAAAACGAUUGUUUGACGCUUGCUCACAUUACUUGGUCGAUUUCGACUCAAAUCAUGUUACCCCAUUAGAUCCCAUGUAUUUCAACAUUCCCGAACGCCGUGAUAACUUCUAA